CGUCAGCGCAAGAUGGCGGCCUCGGCGGCUCUGUUCUCGCGCUUGCGGAGCGGGCUCCGGGUAGGCGCGCGGGGGCUGUGCACGCGGCUGGCGCCGCCACCUCCUCGCACUCCGGAGCAGGCCACUGAGAUUGUCAACCGUGGGGGCUCCAAGGCCCAAGGGCCACAGCACCCGCCAGGCUCAGAGGGACCCAGCUAUGCCAAAAAAAUUGCGCUCUGGAUCGCCGGUUUGCUCGGAGCCGGCGGGACUGUCAGCAUCGUCUAUAUUUUUGGAAACAACCCUGUGGAUGAAAAUGGCACCAAGAUUCCUGAUGAAUUCGACAGUGAUCCAAUUCUGGUUCAGCAGUUGCGCCGGACAUACAAAUACUUCAAAGAUUACAGACAGAUGAUCAUCGAGCCCACCAGUCCCUGCCUUCUCCCAGACCCUCUGCGGGAGCCCUACUACCAGCCACCUUACACACUGGUCCUGGAGCUUACCGGGGUCCUUCUGCACCCAGAGUGGUCGCUGGCCACUGGCUGGAGGUUUAAGAAGCGUCCAGGCAUCGAGACCUUGUUCCAGCAGCUUGCCCCUCUGUAUGAAAUAGUCAUCUUCACAUCAGAGACUGGCAUGACUGCAUUUCCACUCAUUGAUAGUGUGGACCCUCAUGGUUUCAUCUCCUACCGUCUGUUCCGGGACGCCACCAGAUAUAUGGAGGGACAUCAUGUGAAGGACAUCUCCUGUCUGAAUCGGGAUCCAGCCCGAGUAGUAGUUGUGGACUGCAAGAAGGAAGCUUUCCGUCUCCAGCCCUUCAACGGUGUUGCCCUGCGGCCCUGGGAUGGCAACUCAGAUGACCGGGUCUUGCUGGACCUGUCUGCCUUCCUUAAGACCAUUGCACUGAACCAAGUGGAGGAUGUCCGGACUGUGCUGGAGCACUAUGCUCUAGAGGAUGACCCUCUGGAGGCAUUCAAACAGCGGCAGAGCCGGCUUGAGCAGGAGGAGCAGCAGCGCCUGGCAGAGCUCUCCAAGUCCAACAAGCAGGGCCUCUUCUUUGGCUCACUCACCAGCCGACUGUGGCCUCGCUCCAAGCAGCCCUGACGUCUAGGCUCCCUCAGAGACUUGAUGCCUGAGCCUCGGGCCCCAGCCCUCACACGGCAAGGUGUGGACAGCUAUGUGUCCAAUAAAGCGAGUCCCAGAUGCCACAAUGCCUGUGUCCAGAGUCCAGAUGGGGCGUUGGGGUGAGGUCUUGGACUCGGUCGUCAUUCACAGUGACUGAGCACCACCACAGGGCUGGCUACCGUGAGUGCCUCGUUGGAGUGGGGCUCCUGCCAGCCUGAAACUGAAAACCUGGGUUUCUGCUGCACAUGUCUUCCCAUAUACUCUAUGAGCUGCAAAGAAAAGCCUCUCUUUCUCUCCCUCUCUUUCUCUGGCUCUGGACUCCUUGUGUGCUGUGGAAAUAAAGAGAAGUACGACCUCUGGGGAGCCGCCUCAAGGGCUGUCAGCCU